AUGAUGCACCUGUUCAAGAGACUCGUCGCCCGUGACGAUGAAAAAAGCAACGAUGAUAGACUUACUCCGGCCAUGAUCGAUCUUUUGAUCGCUCUUCUAGUUCUCGUCCUAGUCGGUAUCGCCCUGGUUGGUGCCCUUCUUGUUUUGCGCCGCAAGCGCCAAAAUCGGAAACGAUCUGAACUCCCGGUCCAUAACGGUCAGUGCACGACUCAUCAUCGCAGCCUCACGAUUUCUGCGCCGCCAUAUGCCAAGACCGAGUCCGUUCUUGUCUACGAUGAGAAGAAGAGACUCAUGGAGAACUCGUCAAGCCCCCCACCCAGCCCAGUCCCAGAGAUCCGCAUUACGUUCCCCGAGGAAGAGGAUGAAUCUGGAAAGCGCAAAUCUGGACGCAUGGUGGUUCGGCCGUCUAUUCUAUCCGUGAUACCCCUUUCAAACCUCUUACUCUUCGACGAUCUCAAAAGGCAUGACGACAUCCCGGCGAAGAUUUUUUUCCGUUUCUUACAUAUCGCCACUUGCGUUUCGUUGUAA